AAAACGUAGGCGUGCAUCGACUCCGAGACCAAUGACAGCGAAAUGAGAAAGCCCUCCUCCUCUGUAGUUUCUACUUCUCUGGGACCGCAAACCUUCUCCUCUUCUUCUGCUGCUUCCACGAAAAAAUCCCAAGACGGAUCUCCGCCGUACGCGUCUAACGUUCUGCGUUUCUUUGAAAGCGUAGGGAUUUUCGAUCCCAACGCAGAUAAUUACAGUUCGAAAGACUUCUACUCCAAUCUACUGCGUGACCACCUCAAGACCGACACUGUCCAACGUGGCCACGUCACCUGCGUCGCCACUGUCAAACCCGCUGUCGCCAAUUAUUUUGGUGGGUUACAUGGAGGGGCAGUUGCAGCGAUAGCAGAAAGAGUGGCAAUUGCGACAGUUAGAACAGUGGUGGGUGUGGAAAAGGACAUUUUUCUCGGUGAAUUGGGCAUUUCUUAUCUCUCUGCUGCUCCCACAAAUGCAGAGUUGAUUGUUGAUGGUUCUAUAGUGAGAAGUGGAAGAAAUGUAACUGUAGUUGCAGUUGAAUUCAAAAUGAGGGGGACAGGGAAACUGGUCUAUACUUGCCGUGCAACCUUCUACAUUUCACCCAUUGCCAAGUUAUGAAGUGUAUCCGAAUUUUACUUGGGUAUUGCCAAAUGAAUAUUCUUAUGCCAUUACUACCAAUAAUCAAGAUAAAUGUGUUACCUUUUUAAUUUC